AUGAUCUGGGUGAUAGCCCUGCUCCCUUUUCUCGGGGCAAUAAAAAUCCCUUCCAAAGAAGAAAGGGAGUCCUACAAAUGCCUCGCCUCUGCGGAAUGCGUCAAAACCUACCUGGAAAAUGAAAACAAACUCCUCGGCCUCAAAAAGCAAGGAGGCCUUCCAGCAGGAGCUCCACCGAUUCCCGGCCUUGGUGCUCCACCUAUUUCGUCGAAUGUCUCUCCAACUGGAAACCAGCCGCCGAUUUUUAAAGGACCUCUGGCCGUAAACGUUAUGUUCGGUGAAAAAUUCGAGAUCCAGCUCGACUGGACGGAUGAAACGCCAGAAUCCGUAACUGUCUCCAUUCCUCCAGAAGUAAAAGCCGGUACAGUGACGAGAACAGGCAAGUUUCACUACUCCGCGGCGCAUUCGCAGCCGUUGGAAAUGCUCAGCGAUCUCAACCGCGUCGUCUUCAUCCUCGACGACGGAGAGCAUACCACUGAGUUUACUCCUACUUGGAAUUACUGUGCCUGUCGCAACGGGGGACUGUGUAAUUAUGAUACGAAGGCGAACUUUGACAGUUUUUACAUGGCCAGUUGCAUCUGCGGCGACGCUUGGGGUGGCGAGUUUUGCACGGAGGACAAAGACGGCUGCGAAAACCCGAACCCAUCCUGCUUUCCUGGCGUUCGUUGCAUCGAUCAAGCAGCGCCGCUGAGUGGUCACAUGUGCGAUGAUUGUCCCCCUGGUCACUCUGGAAACGGCUUCAUCUGCGAACCUGACUCAGACGAGUCUCGUGAGCCGAUUUGCUACGACUUGCCUAAAAUCCCCCACGGCUCUUUUAUCAUCCCGAAUUCCUUGGUCGACUUUGUCGAUUCGGGCGAACAAGCGUUGGCGGAAGGAGAAACUCUCCGAUACGAAUGCGAGGAGGGAUAUGAAAUGAUGGGCUCUCGGGAUCUGAUUUGCAUGUCAGGCGGAAUUUUCUCAGAAGUGCCUCCAAUCUGCCGAGACAUCAACGAGUGCCAGCGUUCGCCCGCGCCCUGCCAUCCGACUGCGCAGUGUCGCAACUCUCCGGGCGGUUACGAGUGCGAAUGCGGCCGCGAUUGGAUAAAUGUCGAAAACACCAGCGCUUGUGAGCCGCUCGUCGGCUUCCUGAAGCUCGAUGAAAACAACGAGGACACAGCCUCUUGCACGCCUUCUAGCGCCAAUUCAGUCGACGUCUAUUGGUCGAUUACGAAAAGAUGGCAGUUUGACCCGGAAGUGAUCGACAAGUUCAUCAUCAGUUGGUUUCCUUACGAAACGGAAACAGAACAAGCUGACGAGCGAUUCAAACUAAUCGGCAUGGACCGUGGCUCGAUCACUGGAGGCAGCAUGGAGUACGAAGAUCUCAUGGCAGAAACGAGCCUGAGAAAGCCGGAUUUCGAAUACAUCGUUUUGGAUCAUUCCUACAACGCGUUCAUCAUCGACGGUCUUCAACCCGAUACAAACUACAAUAUCGGCGUCAAACUCGAAACCAAACAGGGUGCUCUUAUUGGCGAAAAAUUUUCUGCCGCGCUCAGACUCUCCCGGGCAUUGCUUCCCCUCCCCAAGCCGCUGUCGUUACAGAAGUACUGGGAACUAGCUUUGAAGUCAAGUUCCUCCCGCCAGCUAAGCCAAUGGGCUUUAUCGAAAACUACAUCGUUGAGUCGAAGCUAA